AAAGAUCUUUUUGGAAAAACCGCUCUUCAUAAUGCAGCACAUUAUAAUGGCAAAGAAACAGCUGAGCUUCUUAUUUCUCAUGGCGCAAAUAUCGAUGAAAAAGAUCAAUUUGGAAGAACUGCUCUUCAUCAUGCAUCAUGUAAAAAUAAUAACGAGAUUGUCGAAUUUCUUAUUUCACAUGGUGCAAAUAUCAAUGAAAAAGAUAACGAUGGAAGAACCGCUCUUCAAUAUGCAGCACGUUAUAAUUAUAAAGAAACAGCAGAACUUCUUAUUUCACAUGGCGCGAAUAUCAAUGAAAAAGAUCAAUAUGGGCAAACCGCUAUUCAAUAUGCAGCACGUUAUAAUUAUAAAGAAACAGCAGAACUUCUUAUUUCACUUGGUGCAAAUAUCAAUGUAAAAGAUAAAUAUGAAAAAACAUCUCUUCAAUAUGCAGCACGUUAUAAUUAUAAAGAAACAGCAGAACUUCUUAUUUCACAUGGUGCGAAUAUCAAUGAAAAAAAUAAAUAUGGAAAAACCGCUCUUCAAUAUGCAGUAUUGAAUAAUAGUAAAGAAACAGUAGAACUUCUUAUUUUACUUGGUGCUAAAAUCAAUAAUAAAGAUAACGAUGGAAAAACAGCCCUUCAUAUUGCAGCAAGUUGUAAUUAUAUAGAAAUAGCAGAAUUUCUUAUUUCACAUGGUGCGAAUAUCAAUGAAAAAGAUAAAUGUGGAAAAACUGCUCUUCAUAUUGCAUCUCGAACUACUAAAGAAAUGGUUGAACUUCUUAUUUCACAUAGUGCAAAUAUCAAUGAAAAAGAUAACGAUGGAAGAACCGCUCUUCAAUAUGCAGCACGUUAUAAUUAUAAAGAAACAGCAGAACUUCUUAUUUCACAUGGUGCAAAUAUCAAUGAAAAAGAUAACGAUGGAAGAACCGCUCUUCAAUAUGCAGCACGUUAUAAUUAUAAAGAAACAGCAGAACUUCUUAUUUCACAUGGCGCGAAUAUCAAUGAAAAAGAUCAAUAUGGGCAAACCGCUAUUCAAUAUGCAGCACGUUAUAAUUAUAAAGAAACAGCAGAACUUCUUAUUUCACAUGGUGCGAAUAUCAAUGUAAAAGAUAAAUGUGGAAAAACUGCUCAACACUAUGCAGCAUGUAAUAAUUGUAAAGAAAUCAUUGAACUUCUUAUUUCACAUGGUGCAAAUAUCAAUGAAAAAGAUAAAUACGGAGAAACAUAUCUUUUUUAUGCAUCGAUUAAACAUUAUAAAAGAGGUCAUUUCACAAAAAUCGAUUAA